AUGCCAGACGCCUUCCAAUCCUUGCUGGACUUGCAAUCCAAGCAGCAUCGAUCCAAGGUGCUGGUGCUGGAUGAUGCGGCAUUCCUCACGUCCGCCUUCUGGGAUGAGAGGAACCCUGCCUUUUCCAGAGCCGAUGGAGUGAACUACCUCAACGCAGGUCUGAAGACGAGUCAGAAGCUUGUGCGAGAAGCGACAGGUGGGUUUGAGGGUAUGGAUGCUGGGUGGAUCCAAUGCACUGAGUGCAAGCUUGGUCUUCCUGGAUUUCCGGCUGAAGUCUUCAGCCACGCCUCUGCCUUCGAUCGCUGUGCGACCGAUGAGCAAAAGAAGGCUCUGUUCCAACUGCAGUCGCAAGGCAUUGCGCCAAAGGUGCAGAUGGGCUCUUUGGCGCAUCCAGAGUGCCUUCAGGAGUUGGAGCAGCUUCUGGAGGAGUCCAGCGUGCUGCUGGUGAACUCCGGGAAUGUUGAUUUUUUGGGUUACGUUUACAAGGUCCUGGUGCCUGACUUUACCGAGAAGCUCACCAACCGCGUGAAAGAUGGCUCUUUGAUUUUCCUGGGCUCCGGCGCCGGCGCGAUAUUGGCCGGGGAGACCUUCGCGCUCACGGCCGCGCCCCGGGUGGAGCUCCUUCAGAUGCUGCUGAUGGGCGAUAUGCAGGGGCUUGGCUUGGCCGGGCAUUGCGCGCUGCGGCCCCACUGGAGCAAUAAAACCAGGCUGUGGGACAUCACAUCUAGCCUUUAUGCCAACGCCGUUGGUGGCAUUGACAUCGUCGGGCUGCAAGACGGAGAUGUGCUGACCUGUUCGCAUGGAAGAUGCGAGAUCCGUGGCCGCACCCAGAAGCGGGGUGCGACGACCCUGGAUUGCGCCGACCAGCCUGGUUUCCAUCGGGGACGCAUCGACAAUGCCAUGGCGUCGAGCUUUGGUUGA